GACAAACGGCCGCGUAACAUCUUCGCGGCGUGACAACCCAUCCACGCAUCCCCAAAUUCAUUCACCUCCCUCGCCACCGACCUGCACGUUAAUCCUCGGCACCUAUUCCACAAAGCUCCUACGAAUCACUAUGUGUCUCGUCUUCACUUGCGGCAAUCACACUUUCCAAAGCCGCCUGGAAGGCGCCGAAAACCUCACAGUACAAUGUCAGAACUGUGGUAACCAGAGUGGCCACGUCUACAAGCGCUGGCAAUGGUUCACCUUCUGCUUCGUCCCUCUAAUACCGUACUCUGUGAAGCCUUGGCAUGAAGUCGGUUGCCACAUCUGUAAUUUCUACCAGGACAUCAAAUAUCGACCCGACGUGCAAGCGCAGCUCGGAAACGGUGAAGCGGGCCUCCCAAUGCAUAACCAGCCUGGGGCACCACCGCUGGCGCAAUACAAAUAGGG